AUGAUAGUAAAAGAGCAAACAACGCGCACCACCGCUGACUGACUGACUAGCGCUAUUUAUGGCUAAUCUUUCCAAAGACCACAAGGUAAUAGCUUAUUGAGUGUGUCCUCUGGCAAUCAGUAUCAUUUCACCGUUCGGCGCCAGUAGACAGUCCCCGCCGGUUCGAUUUAACGCAUCAGCACAAGAUGGCACCGAAGAACGAGAACCUCUGCGCCUUGGUGUACGGCCCGAACGAUCUCCGGUUGGAACCGAGGCCCAUCCCGGAGCCGGCCUUCAACGAGGUGGUGGUCGAGGUCGACAGUUGCGGAAUCUGCGGAACGGACAUCCACUUCCUGAAGGACGGUGGCUUCGGGGCUCAGCGGUUGAUCAAGCCGAUCGUUCUGGGUCACGAAUCGGCCGGUGUGGUCCGCAAGGUGGGCAGCCAGGUGACGCACUUGAAGGUAGGCGAUCGAGUCGCGAUCGAACCGGCCGCCGGUUGCAGAACGUGCGAUCUGUGCAAGGUUGGAAAGUAUAACAUCUGCCUGGACGGAAAGCACUGCACCACCCAGAAGCACGAUGGAAACUGCUCCAACUACUACGCUCAGUAUGCGGACUGCUGCUUCAAGAUGCCCGAUAACAUGACCAUGGAGGAGGGUGCCCUGCUGGAACCGUUGGCCGUGGCGGUGUAUGCCGGAAGACGCGCCCAGAUUGGACUGGGCAACAAGGUGGUGAUCUUCGGCGCCGGACCUAUUGGACUGGUGUGCCUGAUUGCGGCCAAAGCCAUGGGAGCCACGAGGACCGUGAUCCUGGAUUUGGAACAUGCCAAGCACCGAUUGGAGGUGGCGAAGAAAUUGGGCGUGACCGGAGUUAUCGGAAUCAAGAAGGAAGACUCGGAGGAUGAUUUGGUGAAGAAGAUUCACGAAAUUCUGGGUGGUCCGGCCGAUAGGGUUCUGGAGUGCACCGGAUCGCAGCCCGGAAUGAGAAUCUCGAUCAAGGCCACGAGAAAUGCCGGCAGAAUUUGCCUGGUCGGAUUGGGUAACAAGGAGGUUCAGCUGCCCAUGGUGGAUGCCAUUUCAAGAGAAAUCGAUAUCACAACCUGCAUGCGUUAUAAUCACGAUUAUCCUGCCGCAUUGGAGAUCGUAGCCAGUGGAUACGUGGAUGUCAAACCGCUGGUUUCACAUCACUUUGACCUGUCCGAUGUACACGAAGCAUUCCGCGUGGCCAGCCAAGGCGAAGGAGUCAAAAUCAUGAUCCAUCUGAUUCCUCGUGAUACCAACAAUCCGGUCCCUUUCUCCAACUAGAUAUAUAUCAAUAACAUAACUUUCUGUGCCAUCUAUAAUCCCAUUUCAAUAAAAGUGUAUUAAUGUACAAA